AUGGCUUCUCGAAUGGGAACAAUCAAGGCUUACUUCCUGGUGGCUGUUUGUUGCACGGGUUCAUUCUUGUUCGCCUAUGAUACAGGUAUCAUUGGUGGCGUCCUAACCCUCCAAUCGUUCCAAGACGAUUUUCGCUACAGCAACAAGGAAAAGACCAAUGUCAACUCGAAUUCGAACAGUCUGCUACAAGCUGGUGCGUUCUUCGCGUGUUUCUUCACCUGGCCCUUUACUGCACGCUUCGGUCGACGGUGGUCUCUCGCUUUGGCGUCAGCCAUCUUCUGCGUUGGAGCGAUCAUACAAGUCCAGAAUACACACCACAUUGGUGCAUUUUACGCUGCUCGAGUCGUUUCCGGCAUUGGCGUUGGUAUGGCAACAGUUAUGAUUCCAAUGUUCAGCGCAGAGAUGGCACCUAAGAAUCUUCGUGGGCCUCUCGGGAGCAUGUUCCAAUUCUUUUUCACUCUUGGAGUCAUGACGAGUUACUGGGUCAAUUACGCCGUGUCAACGAAAGUGAGCCCUGGAACCCGUCAAUGGCAGAUUCCUAUCGGCCUGCAACUUGUUCCUGGCGGCCUCCUCGGCCUUGGAAUGUUGAUUCUCCCCGAGAGUACCCGGUGGCUGGCAAAACGUGGCAGGCGCGAAGAGGCGAUGAAGUCCCUGAUCUGGAUUCGUGGAGGCGACAGCGAGGAAGUCCAAGCUGAAAUGACGGAGAUCCUCGCUGGGAUCGAUGCUGAAACACAUGCCAGAGAAGGACUCACCUGGAGAGAGAUGCUGGCUGCAAGCAAUCGCUCGCGAGUCCUGACCGUGAUAACCCUGCAGAUUGGGGUGCAGCUCACCGGUAACACCUCCCUGGCAUACUACGCUCCUCAGGUAUUCCAGACCGUCGGCGCAGGCAACUCGAAGCUUCUGAUUAGCGGAUUCUUUGGUGUCAUCAAGGUUGUGUCAUGUUUGCUCUUCCUCGCUUUCUUGGUGGAGCGAAUCGGUCGGAGAAAGGCUUUGAUGGGUGGUGCCUUUGCUAUGGGCGCUUUGAUGCUGAUUGUUGCGUGUCUCACCGCGACGCAUCCACCGAAGAAGAACCAGACACAUGUGUCGGCUGCAGGCGCGGCUGCUAUCACGAUGAUAUAUCUUGAAGCAGCCGCAUACAACAUGUCAUUCGGUCCAGUUUCGUGGCUGUACACGAGUGAGAUUUUCUCGAACCGUACCCGUGAAAUGGGUAUCGCCAUCGGCACUGCGACGCAAUGGCUGUUCAAUUUUGUCUUUUCUCAGGCCACUCCACACGCCGUCGACAAUCUUGGAUGGAAGACCUUCUUGAUGUUUGCCAUUUUCAACUUUGCCUUGGUCGUUUAUUCUUGGUUCGUUAUCAAAGAGACGACUGGAAAAUCUCUCGAGGAAAUGGAAACCGUCUUUGGUUCGGAGCAGACCAAGAUUCGUGCCGAGAAUCUAGAAGCUGCGCAACACCAGCUCCAAGAAAAGGCCAUCAACUCCACCACACACGUGGAAGCGAAGGAGACGUAG